AUGCUGCUGCGUCGCGCCACCUCUAUCGGCGUGACCGCACUGCUCCAGCUGGCCGUAGCUCAGCGUCUCUGCUACUAUCCCAAUGGCGAGCAGAGCACCGAUGUGCCAUGCAAGGCCUCGGCGCCUGUGAGCAUGUGUUGCAUCUCCGCAGACGCAUGCCUGUCGGACGGUCUCUGCCGCCUUGACGAUAUGGCUCGAGAUGUCGGCGUCAGCUAUGCCUAUGGCACUUGUACCGAUCCCAGCUGGACAAGCGGCAUCUGCCCUCAGCAGUAUCUACAUUGUAAGCCGACCUUUACAACCUUCCUUGGUCUACAAGACUCGAACGACUGA